AUGAGACAGACAAAUCAGACACAGGUGACAGAAUUCUUCCUCCUGGGACUCUCUGACAACCCGCACACUCAGCAGCUGCUCUUCAUCUUAUUCCUGGGUGUCUAUCUGGUCACUGUGAUUGGAAAUGUGCUUCUCCUGACCCUUGUUCAGGUUGACGUCCGGCUUCACACACCCAUGUAUUUUUUUCUCUGCAAUUUAUCUCUGGCUGACCUCUGUUUCUCUACCAACAUCGUCCCCCAGGCCCUAGUGCACCUGCUAUCCAGGAAAAAAGUCAUUUCAUUCACACGUUGUGCAGCUCAGCUUCUACUCUUUUUUAUUUUUGGUUGUACACAGUGUGCCCUUCUGGCAGUGAUGUCCUAUGACCGGUAUGUGGCCAUCUGUAACCCUAUGCAUUACCCCACCAUCAUGACUUGGAAGGUAUGUGUCCAGCUAGCUGUGGGAUCAUGGGCCAGUGGCAUUCUGGUAUCUGUGGUGGAUGCCACCUUUACUCUAAGGCUACCCUACAGAGGCAGCAAUAGUAUUGCUCAUUUCUUUUGUGAGGCGCCUGCACUAUUGAUCCUAGCAACCACAGAUGCCCGGACUUCAGAGAUGGCCAUUUUCCUCAUGGGGGUUGUGAUUCUCCUCGUGCCUGUUUCCCUAAUUCUGGUAUCCUAUGGCCACAUCAUAGUGACUGUGGUCAGGAUGAAGUCAGCAGCAGGGCGGCUCAAGGCAUUCUCUACCUGUGGCUCCCACCUCAUUGUGGUCAUUCUUUUUUAUGGGUCAGCAAUUGUCACCUACAUGACACCAAAGUUUUCCAAAGAACAGGAAAAACUGGUGUCUGUGUUCUACACAAUGGUCACCCCCAUGCUUAAUCCCCUCAUCUACAGCCUGAGGAACAAGGAUGUGAAGGGAGCUCUAAGGAAACUAGUGGGAAGGAGAAAUCUGACUCAGAGACUGGCCGAAACCUCGUUGGGUUGGAAGAACCGGAGGCUAUGAUAGGGUCCGAUAACGGACCAGCCUUUAUUUUACAAGUAACUCAGGUAGUAACCAGGGCUAUUGGGGCAAAUUGGAAAUUACACUGUGAUUAUAGACCCCAGAGUUCAGGGCAGGUAGAAAGGAACCAUGGAGACUGGCGGGGACUGGGUGGCUCUCCUACCAUAUGCCCUUUACCGGGUAAGGAACUCCCCUUACACCCUGGGCUCUACUCCCUAUGAUAUCAUGUUUGGCAGGCCACCCCCUAUCAUUCCUAACCUUAAAGCUGACUUUCUUACUGCAAGAACUAUCUCUUUCCUUGAGAGGGCUCCAGAAGGCACACAAGGACAUUUGGCCGCGCCUCCGUGCCAUCUACGAGACCAGCCCAACCCCAACUCCUCAUCAGCACAGACCAGGAAAUUGGGUCUACGUCAGAAGGCACCACCGGGAGACCCUCGAGCCACGUUGGAAGGGUCCCUACACUGUGGUGCUGACGACCCCCACCGCUCUCAAGGUAGACGGCGUCGCGACCUGGGUCCAUCACACUCACGUCCGGGUCAGCGGACCCAUCCGUGAUCCGGGAAGAGUUCGUCACCAAGUGGAGCGUGGAUCGAGAUCAAUGCAACCCGCUCAAGCUCAAGCUACAGCGUGCUCGACCUGCCUGAUGCUGGUAACAUUGCUUGCGAUCACUCCUGCCACUGGGAGCCCCCACAAUACUGUGUAAUAGACUUAGAUGAUGCCUGCAUCUUCAUGGACAUGGCUCCAAAGAGACAAGGGCAAUUUAUAGGAUCACAUGUUUAGUAGCAGAAGAUUUGGCUGCCUGAAGCGGCCAUGAUGCCAAUAUUAUGUUUCAUUGUAUUGAUAUGUUAUAUUGACCUUUGAUUCUCUUGCAGGUUUGAAUGUAUGUUGGUUAUCCUGAAAGGGGACUGUGUGGGGUGAACCCCAAAAGUAAAAGGUGUCUAGCUGCCAAGAGGGCAGGUGCCCAACUGGGCAGGGAAAGGUGCCCAUCAGGUUUUGGUCUCUGUUGAGAGACAGUUAACGGUUGGCAGCAUGUAUACUGUCUUGCAGGCCUGCGUAACCAUGCCCAUGUCAGGGAUAGUAAAGCCGGGAAAGGCCUGUUUGGAAUAGAAGGUCUGAGGCAUGGUUAUGAAUAGAAAAAAGGUUUAUAAAUCCAUGAAAAGGAAUUGACAAGGAAAGUCAGAAAAUCUUAGAGCAGAUCAGUAUGUUUUUCUCCUUAUAUAAUUCCUCUGAAAUAUUGGCAAUGCUAAAUAAGUCCUGGCAAUACAUUUCUUUGCAUAGAUUCAAUAAGACUAGUUUCUAAUAAUGGUUUUAUUAAUGGAAAACUUUGACUGGAAUAUCAUGUUUUGAAGAGAACUGUCUGGACUCUAAAGACUUAAAGGCAGUAAGAAUGCCAUGAAGAAAGCCUGGUAUCCUACUUGGAAGCCCUGAAGAUGGCUGGCGCUGGAGCAUCAGGCCCAUGCCCUACCAUCACUGGUGGUUGGUAAGAGUAGAAGGGGAGCAG